CUCUCUCUUUUUCCCCCCCUUCCCUCCCAUCUCGCUCCGCUCCUCUCCCCCCUCCGCCUUUUGUUUUCGCAGAUAGUCGGCACACAAAGCUAGUCCCAGAUUUGAGCGACGGCGAGGCACCCUGAUGAGUGAGCCUCGGGAGAGCCAUGGAUUUGACUAAGAUGGGCAUGAUCCAGCUGCAGAACCCCUGCCACCCCACCGGGCUGCUGCACAAAGCCAACCAGAUGCGCCUGGCGGGGACGCUCUGCGACGUGGUCAUCAUGGUGGACAGCCAGGAGUUCCACGCGCACCGGACGGUGCUGGCUUGCACCAGCAAGAUGUUCGAGAUCCUCUUCCACCGCAACAGCCAGCAUUACACCCUGGACUUCCUCUCGCCAAAGACCUUCCAGCAGAUCCUGGAGUACGCCUACACCGCCACCCUGCAGGCCAAGGUCGAAGACUUGGACGACCUGCUCUACGCCGCCGAGAUCCUGGAAAUUGAGUACCUGGAGGAGCAGUGCCUGAAGAUCCUGGAGACCAUCCAGGCCUCCGAGGACAACGACACCGAGGUCGCCAUGGCCGAUGGAGGCACCGCUGAGGAAGAGGAGGAGAGGAAGUCAAGGUACAUCAAGGGCCUCUUCAUCUCUAAGCCCGCUGCUGAGGAGAGCGGCUACGCCAGUGUGGCCGGCCAGAGCCUGCCAGCGGCCACGGCGGAGCAGAGCCCCUCCGCCUCCUCUUCCUUCGGCCCCCUCUCCGCCAUGAGCCCCACCAAGGCGGCGGUGGACAGCCUGAUGACCAUCGGGCAGUCGCUGCUGCAGGGGGCCCUGCCGCCCGCCGCCCCCGAGGACUCCCGCCCCGCCACCCGCCGCCCCCCCGGCCUCGCUGAGGUGAAAACCGAAGCGAUGCAGGUGGACGACGCCUCCAACCGCGACAGCCCUCGGGCGGCCGAGCCCGGCGCCUCUGGCGGGGAGAAGCCCGAGGAGAAGGGCAAGGAAGGGCCCGGCACCCCAACCCGUGGCAGCGUCAUCACCAGCGCCCGCGAACUGCACUACGGCCGGGAGGAGGGCACCGAGCCACCGCCUGAGCCCGGCCAGGGGCUAUCGCUGGGGCCGGAGCCGUCCGCCGCCGCCGGCCAGGACGGGAAGCCCCUGGGCAUCUACUCCCUGCUGCCCAACCACAAGACUGAGCCGGUGCUCGGCGUGCCGCCCGCUGUGGCGUCCGCCCUGCACGUGCAGCCGGCCCUGGCCGUCUCCAUGGACUUCAGCGCUUACGGGGGGCUGCUGCCCCAGGGCUUCAUCCAGCGGGAGCUCUUCAGCAAGCUGGGGGAGCUGGCGGCCGGCAUGAAGACGGAGAGCAGAGCCCUGGGCGAGCAGUGCAGCGUGUGCGGGGCAGAGCUGCCGGACAACGAGACCCUCGAGCAGCACCGGAAGCUGCACAGCGGGAUGAAGACGUACGGAUGCGAGCUCUGCGGGAAGCGGUUCCUGGACAGCUUGCGGCUGCGAAUGCACUUACUGGCUCACUCAGCGGGGGCCAAGGCCCUGGUCUGCGAUCAGUGCGGCGCCCAGUUCUCGAAGGAAGACGCCCUGGAGACGCACCGGCAGACACACACCGGUACGGACAUGGCGGUGUUCUGCCUGCUGUGCGGGAAGCGGUUCCAGACGCAGAGCGCGCUGCAGCAGCACAUGGAGGUGCACGCCGGGGUGCGCAGCUACAUCUGCAGCGAGUGCAACCGCACCUUCCCCAGCCACACCGCGCUCAAGAGGCACCUCCGCUCACACACAGGCGACCACCCCUACGAGUGCGAGUUCUGCGGCAGCUGCUUCCGCGACGAGAGCACGCUGAAGGGCCACAAGCGCAUCCACACCGGGGAGAAGCCCUACGAGUGUAACGGCUGCGGCAAGAAGUUCAGCCUCAAGCACCAGCUGGAGACCCACUACCGGGUCCACACAGGCGAGAAGCCCUUCGAGUGCAAGCUGUGCCACCAGCGCUCCCGGGACUACUCGGCCAUGAUCAAACACCUCCGCACCCACAACGGCGCUUCCCCCUACCAGUGCACCAUCUGCCUGGAGUACUGCCCCAGCCUCUCGGCCAUGCAGAAGCACAUGAAGGGCCACAAGCCGGAGGAGAUCCCCACCGACUGGCGGAUAGAGAAGACCUAUCUCUACCUCUGCUACGUCUGAGGGCGGCGGCGCAGGGCGGCGGGGCCGAGGACCGGGCCAAAAAAAGAAAAAAAAGCCGCCACCAAACCCGCAGCGUCCACCGCCUUGUUUGUUUGUCGGGUCUCCCGGCUCCUCUCGCCGCAGGGAGCCCGCGGGGGGGACGCCCCAGCCCCUUCCCCAGCCCCAUCCGCUCCCCCUCCCCGGCUGCCCGCCCGGCUUUCGCCCCUCGCAGCCCCCCGGCCCCUCCAUCGCCGCCGGGAAGGACGUGCUUUGGGAAGGAUUUGAUUUCUGGUUUCCUCCGUCCCCGCGGACGCCCCGCCGAGGACCCCAGCUCAACCUGUGGGGCUCGGCCCCCCUUUUGGGAGGGCGCCCACACUGCGGCGUCGCAGGGUGAGAGCGUCCCCGGGGGCACGAGGAGGGUGUUUGGGGCAGGGACCCGGGUGCCAGCCGGGGUCCGGGGGGGGCACCCGGAGGCUGCCACCCUCCCCCUGACCAAAGACCUCUCUAUGCAUUGCCCCUUCCUUCCCCGCCGUCCCGGGGGGCGAGGGCGAAGCCCCCCUGCGGGGGAUGUGGCCGGUUUGGUGGUGCGUGGGGGAUGCGGUGCUGCCAGUGCGUGGCAUCGCUCCCAAUUUGGGGGAUCCUCCGUGUUCUGCUGAUUUGGGGCGCCCGGAGGGUGCCGAGGGUGGUGUUUUGCCCAGCCCCCGCUGCAGGAGCCCGCGAGCCGGGGGGGCCCGGGGGCAGGCGGCUUUGCUCGCCGCUUUGGUUUUGUUUUUUUUUUUUUGCUUUUUGUUCGGUUUUUUUGAACUUUUCUUUUGGAAUAUUUCCGCGUUUAGCACAUUUUACUUGAAAUUACCUCGUUUUUUUGUGACCUCAUGAGCUUUUAUUGAUUUGGGGGGGACGGGGGGGUGAUGUGGCCGGGCAGGCGCGUGCCCGGCGCUGGCGGUGGAGGGGCGGCAUCGUCCCUGCUGCCCCCCCCUCGUUGUGCAUUAUCCUUACCAAAACUGGUGUUUUUUGCCCGGCCCCGCGGGGCCGGGGGGGCCGGUUCUGAAGCUACCUCUUGUGUUCGUUUUUGUUGUGUUUCUCCUUUGCGGCCGCGGCAGCGAGCUCUGCGCUUUCCAUCCCACCCGGCGCUCGCAGCCUGGGGUGGUUUUUUUGGUCAUUUUGCUGCGUUUGGGUGAAAAGGCGGGGGGGGGAAGAGUCCAGGGGGAGUGGGACGGUGUUGGGGUGCGGUUUGGAGGGUGUUGGGGGGUGCCAGUCCCCCCUCUCCCGAGCAGGGAUGCGGGUGCAGCGUCCUCCCUCCCUCGUGCCCUGCGUCGGCUUUGCACGCGCGUGUGCCCCUGCCCGCGGGGCCGAGGCCGCUGUUGUACAAUCCGGGAUGUGACUGUGGAGAACGGCUUUGUUUAAUUGUUGUGCCUAAGGAAAAAAAAAAAAAAACCCACAAAAAAAAGAGAGAUAAAAAAGGAGAAAAAAAAAAAAACUAUUAAAGAGACCCAGUUGUUUCACACGGAAA